UCCCGGGCAGCGGGACUGCCGUUUCGCCUUUUCGGGGCUGGGUCGAUCCGCAUCCGCCCCCCCCCCCCCCCCGCGCUCCGUAAGCCCCCGCAACCGGCCGCCCCGCGCUGCCGAGGGCGGGGGUGUCUCCUCGCUCCCGCUCCCCUGAGGCAGGGGUGCCCCGGCCCUCUCCCCCGGCUGAGAGCAGGGAGCAGCCGCCCGCCGGUGGUGCCCCGGGCCCCCCGCGCUGAGGGAACGGGGGGGGUGUCUUUUUCCCGCCCUCGGUGAGGUGCGGGUGCCCCCAGCCGCUGAGGGGCUGAGGGAAAGGGGGUGCCUCUCUUUCAGCCCCCGGACAAAAAAAAAAAUGGCUAUAGCUGCAGUCAGCGAGGCGGAAACCCGGCUGUGUGGCAACUGCAAAAAGGAUAUUCCUGCUGCUAAUUUCAUCAUUCAUGAAAUCCACUGUAGCAGAAAUAUUGAAGUAUGCCACUACUGCAGUGAAUCAGUCCCAAAAUCUGAGAUGAAGAACCAUAUUGAGUCUGAACAUGUGCAGGUUACCUGCAAGUGUAGGAUGAAGAUAGAAAACAGUCUCUUGAAGGAUCAUGAGGUGUCAGCGUGCCCUCUGCGUCCUGCCCUCUGCCAGUACUGUGACAUACAGCUUACUUUCGACAAGCUCCAGGACCAUGAAAUUUACUGCGGAGCUAGGACUGAGACAUGUGGUGGGUGCGGUCGUAACAUCAUGGUGAAAGAUCUAAAAGAGCAUCCUCAAGUCUGUGGGCAAGAGGUGAAACAAUUAAGAGGAAGCAGAACAGUGCCUCGCUUUGAGGAUGAGGAUGCAGAUUUGCAUGCCCUUCAAGACAUUAGAAACCGACUAAGAUCAGAGGAUGAACUGGAGCAGUUGGAGAGAAAUGAAAACAUUCAUUCUUCCCUUUAUGAAGACUGGAAUGCCGAUUUAGACUACGUGUUGGCUCUUAGCCUACAAAAUGAGAAUAAUCCUCACAAUAAUACUGCAGCUGAAAUUCCCAGUGAUUUCUGGGAAAACUACUACACCAAAGAGUCUGUGCCAUCUGCCUGUCUUAAUGAAACAGACAAGUCAAAUAUCUUCUCCUGUGACUCUUUAGUGGCUUUUAGCACAUCAAAGCACAUAAAAAACAAUGAGAUCAUCAUGUUGCCGUGUGAAUUUUGUGAGGAGCUCUACCCUGCCGAAGAUCUGAUUCUUCACCAGACAGGUUGUAACCCAGCAAGUGCCUUUGCUUCAUUCAGUAAAAGAAGUUCUCCAAAUCCACGAGAACAUGAUGGUCUGCGUGCUAUUGGGUCCAAAAGCUGUAGGUCUUGCUCUUCAUCCCAGCCCCAAGCUGUCCAGGCAGAAGGAAACAUUAUGAUUCCAUGUGAAUUUUGUGGCAUCCAACUAGAAGAGGAGACACUCUUUCAUCAUCAGCACCAUUGUGAUCUGCGGCCAGCCAGCCCAGCAGCCAGCUUUCCAGCUCAGCAGCUGCUGUCUCCUCAAGCCAACAGAGAGAGAAGAGAAUCACCAGAGCUGGCUCGGAGACGAAUCAGGCAUCAAGGAGAUGUUUCUCCUCAGUGCGCAGAAGGCUUUGGGCAGCAGAGGCUCAGCUAUCCUGCACGAGGGACCAAGUCGCCGAGUAAUACCACAAACGCCAGGAACGCACCAUUGUCUUCUUCAGUGAGAGCUAGCGAUGCUCCCGACUUGAGAGGGAAGCCCAGGAAGGUGGCUGGCAACGAGGGAAGACCGAAGAACAGAGGUGCAAGUGGAUCUGCAGGUGGGACAACGCCACAUGUGAGACCUACUCAGAACUUUCAUUCAGAAGCCUUCACAUCCAGCUUCUCGAGAACUUCUCCAGCCCAACCAAGCACCAGCAACAGAGAAGGAAAGAACCUCGGGAUGUCGGAUGGUCCUGUCGGCUUCAGGCGCAGGAACACAAAGGCAAAAGCCCAGAGCCCAGCAUCUGGACGUCCAGAGGAGAAGUGAUCCACCACUUACAAAAAAUGUGUUUAGCACUCUACGCACUAUUACUACGUGCUAUAGUACUUAUUUAUCCGAGCGCAAGUAAAUUCCUAUAUUGCUGUGUCAUUGAAGACUUUCUAUGAAUUUAAAUUUUUACAGGCAAGUGAUCAUUUUAUAUGUGUGUGUAUUUUUAAUUUGUGAGAGUAUACUACAGAUUUUUACUUCCGUGAUCUAUACUAGCACUGUCACAAGACAGCAAAUACACUUCUUCUACCCUGGGAACCACCUGGGUUUUGUUUCCAUACUGGCUCUUUGUGACACCCAGCGAAUUUUUGACAUACUGAGCUUCAAGCCUGUGUCCUGCUGCUCUUGUGCUAGUUCGUUAUUCUUAAGACAGCACCAAGAGAUGAAAAACAAGAUCAAGCCAUCAGCCAGGACGCCGCCGGGGAAGAGGUGGGCCUAGGAGCUAACACGAGUCCUGCGGAGGCCAGAAGACCCAGCACCGCAGGGGCAGUUUGGUCAGGGUGGUUCAGCCUGGGAUCAGGGACUGAAUCAAGUGGUUUGGCUCAACAUGCCCUCUGCGGCAGCAAGAGCCGAAGGGAGGGGUGAUGGAGCAGCACUGGAGACCUUGUGGCUGAACCUGUUCCUGGAGCUUAACGUUGGGUCUCCCCAGGGCUGCAGUUCAGCCCAGCGAAGCUGUCUGUGGCCCGGGGGGCUAGAGGGGCCUGUGCUGCCAGCUGCACCUCCUCCAGUGUUACCAGGUGCCCAGGACACGGUCACUGGCGGAGGGGUAAGCGCUGAGCCCGGGGCUGUCUUGUAAAAUGCUUUUUAAUGCUGUGUCAGUCCGUGCUUUUUAAAUUCUAUGUAAUGACAUUUAUCUCAUGGUGUCCCAAAACACGGUGCAGUAAAAAAAAAUCUUAUCGCGUGAAGUGAUGUGAGGGUGAGGUGACCACCCCACACCUGGCAGUGGCCAACUCAGAACGGCAGGCAGCAGGCUCUGUUAAUUUGUGUUCCACUGUUACUACCUGCUUUGGCUCUUUCUUUGGUCAUUUGCUUUCACAGCCCUUGUGCUUUGGGAAUUGGUAAUGCAAAAGGUGGAACAGGCAGGUCCUAGAUAAUGACCAUGGGCAUCAGCCUAAUUAACUGGGUAGAGCAGGUGGCAUUAGGCAAAGCUAAUGAGCCAGUGCACCCCUCGAGGGCAGGGCUGUUACUGGAGGCCUUGGCUCUGCUGCCAGCCCUGUCCCACAAGCUGCAGCAUAGGCACUAACGAUGGCUGAUGUGAUCUUGCUUCUAAAAUAAAGACAUUUUACGGACGCUUCCACCAAAUGUAAGCGUUUAUUUAUACAAGAAAAGCAGAAUAAAGGUAUUUAAAAACAGGUGGCAA